AUGGCCGGCCAACGGACCUUCACCCUCAUCUGUGGCUUGCUGGCAGCCACUUUGGUACACACCACCCUCAUGCCCCCUGCAGUACUCAACCUAGGUCCAGAAGUCAUCCAAGAAAAGCUGACGCAGGAGCUGAAGGACCAUGAUGCAGUCAGCAUCCUGCACCAGCUGCCAUUGCUCAAUGCCAUGCAAGGGGAACCAGCCGGCGGCAUCCCUCUGCUGGGCAGCCUGGUGAACUCCAUCCUGAAAUACAUCGUCUGGCUGAAGGUCACCUCCGCCAGCAUCCUCCAGGUGCAAGUGCAACCCUCGACCGAUGGCCAAGAGCUGGUGGUCAAGAUCCCCUUGGAUAUGGUGGCUGGAUUUAACACACCCCUGGUCAAGACCAUCGUGGAGAUGCACAUGGAGACAGAGGUCCAAGCCACCAUCCAAAUGAAGAGUGGCGGGAGCGGCCUGGUCCUCAGCCACUGUUCCAACAGCCAUGGAAGCCUGCGCAUCAGCCUGCUGCAGAAGCUGUCUUUCCUGGUCAACUCCUUAGCCGACAAGGUCAUGAGCCUUCUGAUGCCAGCCCUGCCCAAACUGGUCAAAAGCCAGCUCUGCCCCGUGAUUGAGGCAUCCUUCAAUGACAUGUACGCUGACCUCCUGCGCCUGGUGAAAGCACCCAUCCCCCUGGGCUUUAACCACCUGGAAUUUGAUGUCCUGUCUCCUGCCAUCAAGAAGAAUGUCGUGCAGCUUAACCUGAAGGCCAAGUUGUUGGACUCGAAGGGCAAGGUGACCAACUGGUUCAACAGCUCUGCGGCAUCCCUGACGGUGCCCCCGCUGGACAGUGCCCCUUUCAGCCUCACCGUGAGGCAGGACGUGGUGAGUUCUGCAGUGGCUGCCUUGGUCCCUCCAGAAGAACUGGCUGUCCUGUUGGACUACGUGCUUCCGGAGCUGGCUCGCCAGCUGAAGGCCAGCAUCAAGACCAUCAGUGGACAGGCUGCGGAUCUGUUGGGGCCCACGCAGAUUGUGAAGGUCUUAAUUCAGGACGCCCCUCAGCUCCUUCUGGGGCAGGGCAACGCCAAGAUGGCUCAGCUGAUCGUGUUUGAGAUCUUCGCCACCAAUGAAGUCCGCCGACCCUUCUUCACCCUGGGCAUCGAAGCAAAUUCAGAAGCUCAGUUUUACACCGAAGGGGACCUGCUUUUGCUCAACUUAAACAGCAUCAGCAUCGAUCGAAUCCAACUGAUGAACUCGGGAAUCGGCCUAUUCAACCCUGAGCUCCUGAAGGACAUCAUCACCGAGAUCCUGCUCGCCGUCCUGCUGCCCAAUGAGAACGGCAAAUUACGGGCCGGCAUCCCAAUUUCCAUCACGGAAGCUUUGGGAUUUGAGGCAGCUUCCUUGUCUCUCACCAAGGAUGCCCUUGUGAUCACGCCGGCCUCCUUGUAG